GACAGUUCACACAAUAAUACCAAUGUUGAUCAAAAUAAACAACUACUCCAAAUGUGAUUCUUAUCGCAAUUUCUAUGGUAAUUUUCUUAAAAUGAGAAUGGUUCAUUUGCAGAAACAGUGGAAUAAAUUCUAAAGAAAGAAAAAAAGAAUUGUUUAGUUGUAAUGGCACAGAACAGUGUACACGUAACACAAACUCUACAGGCAAAACCAUCGAUCUUUGAACUUGUAGCGGCCGAUUCACUUCAAUCAACCUUCUAUCCAGCACUCAAACGAAUCGCUAAUUUCUUGGUCAAUUCGAAUCCAGCCAAAUAUGGUUGGCUAUCACAAUAUUAUGACGAAAUAUAUUUGUGUCUGAAUGCGGUCAUCCAGCAACAUUACAUUCGGUGUUACGGCGGCUCCUUGGCCGAGGUGUUUUACAGUUUGUCUCGAGUACGUACGAGAAAUGAGCAAUUUUCCACAUUCGACAAAUUAUUGGCGUUUAUACUGGUCGUGAUUACACCAUACAUCAGAGCAAAGUUAACGAAUUUAAUGGCACAAUGGGAGGAUGACUGUGAUAAUGAAGUUAUUGAUGUAAAAGAGUUGAGACGAAAGAAAAAAUGCAUUACCGCCUAUAAAAUUGCCAAAGGAAUACACGAUUGCUUGCAAGUCGUCCAGUAUGUUGGAUAUCUUUCCGAUCGCAGCGAAACACAUUCCAUUUUCAAUCGAAUCAUCGGUCAACAUCUAGUCUAUUUAUCAGCGGAUUCCAAUUUAGAUUGGUCGUGGUCGGAUUUGUUUUCAAUGAAUUUCCACAAGUCGGCCGUUUUAACGGGAAUGGUUUUUCGAGCCUUAGAACUGUCUGCAUUCUUUCUUCAAUUCGUUCAAUGGUGGCAGAACGAGACAAGUCACGGAAAUUUAACCAAGCUACCAAAUCCAGAGCCACCCAGCGCUAAUCCAAAUGCAGCGGGACGAUAUCGAAAUAUUUGCCCAAUUUGCUUACAAACUUGGAAAAUUCCAACAGUCAAUCGGAUAUCUGGAUAUGUUUUCUGCUUCAAGUGCAUCGCAAAACAUUUGAAUAGCGACAGUCGCUGUCCAGUUACAAAGUACGCAACAUCAAUCGACGAUUUGAUACGGAUCUAUGAUUUAUAGGGUAAUUAAAGUGUGGUGAACUCAGGAUGUACGGGACACCGGGAUAUAAAAUGAGACUCAAAAUUUUGAUGUUCGUAUUGUUUGCUAUGUAUUUAUGCUUACUUUAAAUAAAAAGGGUUUAAAAUGGUA